CAGAAAGCAGGACAAUAAUGGGUACAGUUCAAGGCACAACACCGGUACUACACUUCCCAGAAGCCCCCGGAAAGACCACGUGUUCAUGUCCGCUUUCCCGUGUUGACGCAAUUUUUGCCUUGUUGGAAGGUGGUUUCAGGAAGAAGCGCCGUGACAGUAGACGACAGCAGCGGAGAGACGCCGAGCAGAGAAACCCAGAGACACCCGGACGAACUCACGCGAAUGGUAUUUUGUCUCCUGUUAUCGAGCGAUGUCAGUCACUGAGGACCUUCCAGACAUGGAUGGAACAGACCUACUGAGGCUGCUGUUCCACAACGGAGAGGACGGAUCUGCUGAGCCCCUCUUUCCGGAUGGGAACGGGCUCAUCGAAUCCUGGCUGUCUGAACAAGAUAUGCUGACAGGUAUGGAUACUGAAGACUUCCUGUCCAGUUUGUUAGAGGGAGAGGAAAACAUGGGGACCAUCUGUCCCUCUCAUUCUCCCUUGGGCAGCGACAGCGGCAUUUCUGAUGACAGCAGCACUGGCGUCGGAAACAACAAUCUUCUGGGGUGCCCAAGUCCCCAUGGUAGUGAUAGUGAUGUUGUGACCAGCCCCAGUUAUUCACAGCCCAGUCCCGUGCACUCGGACCCUGCCCUGGCCCCUGGGGAGCUGCACACGGAGAGCCUGGAGGCCUUAACAGUCCAGGCGGAUCACAGCUACUCUCUGCUGCAGAGCAGUGGGACGGACAUGGAUAUCUUGCAGAGUGUGAGGGCAGAGAGGCCAGAUACAGAUGUCUUCAUUGAUCUAGAUGACCUGGUGAGUGAGGCAAUGGAGGAGGCCAUCACCAGUGAGCUGCCCUGCACUUUGGCCAUAGAGGACUCAACACAGGAUUCACCACAGCCCAACGAAACAGACCAGUUCCAGUUUAAGGAGAUUGUGCUCACUGAGGAGGAGAAGCGGCUUUUGUCGAAAGAGGGAAUAACCAUUCCCACACACAUGCCUCUCACAAAGGCGGAGGAGAGGACCUUGAAGAGGGUCAGGAGGAAGAUCCGCAACAAGCAGUCUGCUCAGGAAAGCCGCAAGAAGAAGAAGGUGUAUGUUGAUGGACUGGAAAACAGGGUUGCCAUCUGCACUGCGCACAACCUGGAGUUACAGAAGAAAGUCCAACUGCUUCAGAAACAGAACAUGUCCUUGAUAGAGCAAAUGAGGAAACUACAGGCUAUAGUGAAGACGUCAACCAUGAAGGCCAGCACAACCAGCACUUGUGUCAUGGUGUUCGUGCUCUCCUUCUGCCUCUUCAUCUUCCCAUCGGUCAAUCCAUUUGGCGGAAACACAGAACAGAAGGAACUCUACACACCCUCCUCCAUCAUCUCUCGGACCUUGCGCUCACUGCCCUCAGAAAGCACAGAUGCACUAUCCUACCUUGAGCCUGAAGAGGAGGAGCUUCUCUUAGUACCCCAAGUGGAGGCGGAAAACGUUAACGCCAUUUUUGCUGGGGGUCAGAAGAACCACACCCCUGACUACCAGAGGGUGGAGCAGCCUGACUCGGAAACAGGCGUCAACAGCAACUCCUCGGCAGACUUCCCCGGUCCCGCUCAGGCUGCAGAGAUGAAGCCGGGGCCGGCUGGCGGAGUAUCGGCCUUACAGGAAGGAUCCAUUGAUGCUGUAGUGGCGUCUGCUGUGGCAUAUGAGGUCUCGGGGUCCAAGGAUAACUGGAUAGACCGGAACCCCCCGUCUGUCAUAUUACAGCAGCAUCGUUCAGAUGAGAUGUAGUGGGGACAUGUUUAUCAAUAUAACCAGCAGAGGGAGCCAGAUUCCUAAUGUUUUGGGUACCAGAGGGAAGCUGAAACUUGCAAAAGGAGGAAGGGAAAAUACCGGUAAUUAUCAACAUGUAGGAUCAGUCUGUCUGUCCCUACUUUUCCCUUCUAACAGCCUUCUGAUGUACUACUGAUACUUUUUUUGCACUUUGUUCUGAUUUCCUUGUACCAGUGGGCAAAAAUAACUGGCGAGAGAUUUCCAUAUUGCAGCAGUGUAAACUACGUAAAAAAAAAUAGGAUAUUGCAGCGAUAAUAUGCAUGCUUGCAUUGCUGGAGACCACACGCUACUUAGGUAGCGCUGAGGGCUCUCACGUUAUUUUACAAAUUGGUGGUGAUUUACCAAAAUUUGUGAACUUGUUGGCACCACCACAGGAAAAUUUAUACUGACCCAGCAGUAGAUAACUUCAAUAAAAGUUUUACUUGAUGGCAUUAUUGUUUAUCACCAAAUUCUAGGGUGAGCUUUGUUUGACUUCAGUCUGCCUGAUCACCCCCGGCAGAUCUCAACGUACGCUGCUCACGAAUGACUCCCAUAGUAAAUUGUGAAAAUAAGUACUCCCAACAGUUUGCACUGCGAACUAGUCAACAACAUUCAUUGCAUAGUAGAAGACGGGCUGCCUGAUUCUCAUAAAGCUUGAUCAAAGAGGUUGUUUGACCAUCAUAAUGCUUAAGCCAUUGCAGGACAUUUGGCCAUUUAGAGGACUUGUAAAGUUUGUUAGUAUUUCCCUUGUAACAAGGGUAUCCACGCUCCUUUUAAUUUUGGAAUGCUUUGGUUUUAUGUUGUACAGUAAAGCAAGAAAAAAUAUCCAUAAAAUGUAGAACAGGACACUUUGCUAUUGUUAGCUGACCACAGUCUACCCCUGCAAUCUCCUCUUUUACAAUUUCAUUGGAGAGUUCUCACCUUUAUAAACAUAUCUGAAAAAUCUUAGCACCCUUGUGCACACAAUAAGGGGUUUGAUAUAUUUGCUCCGUAAACCGUGUUGCAGUAAAAUAUACUCAAAAAUGUGAUGACCUGUUUUGUCAGUGAAGCAUUUUUGUCAUUUUUUUGGUGUAUUGUUUAUGUUACUGUCAGUAAUACAUGGAAUUUAAAUGGUAUUGGAACUGAACUGCUUUUGUUAUAAUCAAGAGCCAGUGAGAUUUUAAAUGUCGCUCACGUUGAUCAAAUGCACUGACAUUUGAAAUAGUCCCAGUAAAGAAUGUAAAUAUACUAAAAUGAUUGUAGCUCCUCUGUACAUUUGAACUCUUUAUGUAUAAAACAUGUCUGGACAUCUAUAAUAAUAAACUUUUUAUAUAUCGGAA